GUUAUUGUUUCAUAAUGUUAAUGAAUGUUUAAAAACUUAUCAAUAUCAAUUUUAUAUUGCGAAAUAAACACGCUAUGUUGCUUUAAUUCCAAUUUUAAAAUCGCAAGUGACAGGGACGGGAUAUGUGCGAGCGAGACGAGCGUAAAGUUUAUUUCAUUUCUAGAGAUUUUCAAUCGAUUUACCAAUGAGAACGGACUUGGCCCAGCUGACAUUUUUUUAGUUCAUUAUUAUAGCGGGCGGUAUACGGACGCUCGCUUGUUGCGAAAGCUUGUAAAAAUACCUACCUUAAAUACUAGUUGGACAGCGUUCCGCGUCCCGACAUAUUGUUAAAAGUGCAUAAUGUAUUUGAAGAGAAAAAGAAACGACUAUCAGAGUGUUAUAUUAUAGCGUUGGUAUUGUGCGUGGAGUAAGGCGUUCCAGCUUGCUUUGUAAAAGAUGCACAGUAACGAAGCAGCGCCCGCCGGCGGGCCGGCGCUGCUGCAGCAGCUCGGGCGGCUGAUAGUGCGCUCGCGCAGCAGCAGCCCCGCGCGUGCUGCACAGCCGCACAGGCACAAGCUGCCGUCCACCAGCAAACAGAUAAUAACCCAACCGAAAUACGACUCGGAGGAGCCCCGGCCGGGCAUCGAAGCGGCACUCGACAACCACGUACAAUCCUUGUGGAAUGAGCAGAUGCCUAUUUGUAUUGAGGUGCUCCUAGCGCCCUCCUGCCAAGACUGCUACAUGUCCAUGUGUCGGCUGGAAGAAACCGCCGCGUACGACAAGUUGCACUCUACACGCGGGUUGCUGCUCGAACGGUGGACCAUGAACGCUGUUAGCAAGAACACCGACAGCCCGCCGGCCAUUUCGCCUCUAUGGUUGAUGAAUGCUAUCCGCUCGCAGCUGCAUUUCUCCCAGCUAUCAGCUUGGAGAGCCACAUUGAAACGGGCCCAGCCAGAGCGGAGAAGGAAACUCAGCCGGGAGACGUGCAACAUAAAGAAGAUAGAAGCUAACUGUGACGUCACCGACCUAGAAGAAUGCAAGCUGAACAUCGUCUACUCCAUCAAAAUGGCCGCCGAGUACAACAUGGCCGAAUUCCCGCGCCCCCCCACCGACCACACCUUCCCCUUAGCCAAUAUCGGCAAUAAUAUCUACCUCAAAGUGGUCCUUAACAGCCUCCCAAGACUAGAUGACAUACCACACGUUAAAUGUUUCUGUAAAAGAAGAACCAGCAAGGAAAUUCCACAGAAUAUACACGAGGAAAUCAUCGGGAAGCUCAAUGAUCUCAGUAUUGGCAGGAAAUACCCAAGCGAUGCAAUCAAUUCCAAUGUUGGCAACACCAGCCGGAGACUGUCCAUUAUAUCCAACCCUGGCUCCACGGAAUAUCUAUACUCGAGCUGUGAUAAGAAAAUUCUGGACGACAGAAUGCUAACUCCCUGCAGUGAAAGUGGAAAACACAAGUGCAGUUGUGACGAUGAGUCCGAUGAAAAGAAAACGCCCAAAAAACUAGACGAGAGGCGGAUAAAAGAGAUAGCUAAAUACAAACGUCGGUUGCGGAAAGAGUGCAAAAUUAAACGGCUCUGCGAUAGUACAUCGUCUGAUGGGGAAAUAAAGAAAGAAACGCAUACGUCCAUACCGAUAUUACAAGCGGCUAGAUUUGACAGAUUCAGAGCUAUCGGUUGCUAUAGAAACCAGACAUAUCUAACUCUCCCCGCUAGUAGGAUAGAGAGCAAAUCUCCGUUUAUAGAAUCUAUAAAUAUACAACCGCCUGAAUUCAAAAAGACUAACACAGUUGGGACGCAAACAGACGAUAUAUCCUGUAUAUGUGGUAAUAAAAUGCUCAUGAAAUGCUCUACCUGUUUUGAUACUAUCAAAACGGGUAUGGUCAGAUCGGAAGGCAGCUACAACUUGGCAGAGAACAGAGCGAGGCGAAAGCGAAGCGAUGACGAGCGGUCGUUGAAAAAGCUAAAAUGUGAUAUAAGUAGUGAUAGUGAUAAUACACAGUGUGAUAUAAGUUUAGGUAGUGAUAAGUGCGAUGUGGUGAAGCGGCCGAAAUUGCGACGAUUAUUUCCCAUUAACGACAGGAUUGAGAAGAUAGUCAGUGAUAGGCAGAAUAAUGACAUACAAGAGUUGAAACUGCGGGUCGAUGAUUCUGUACUACAGAAACCGGAGCCAAAACGGCAGAAGACAUACUCUAUAAACGAGGACUAUGUUUUAUAUGAGAAAUGUGACUAUGGAUCUAUAGAUUGUGAUCUCGAUUCACCAAAAGACGAGGAAAAAUUUCCUGAGGUGCGGAACGAUCAAGCGCUAAAGGAAGAUAAGUCUGAAGUUCGCAAGGAUCAGAUACCGUCUCCGAGUGAGAUGGACAGGUUCAGAUGGAGGUUCGACUCCGCAGCGUCCAUGGUGUUCCACACGAAGACUGGUCUGCCGUUGACUUCGAGUCCGGCCCCGUUGAGACGAGGCAAUAAUUGCUUUGACUUUGACGACUCCAUUAAUGGUGUGUCUGGGAUUAAGAGCGCUCUAUUCCACCCGAUAUCGCCGCCGUCCCCCGCGCCCGCGUCCCCCGACUCGCCCCCCCCCGCGCCCGCGCACACAAACACACCGCACAGGAGGAAGAAAACGCCCGUCAGCAAACUGCGUGUCGGCUCUAGCACUGGGCUGUUGGGCACGUUCGAAGAGUCCGCUCUAAAAGGGCGUCUCGAACCCGUGGCCACCGUGCACGGUUUCACCGCAGAACUGGGCGCGUCGGGUGCGUUCUGCCCGCCGCACCGCCGCCUGCCCGUCACUGUGUUCUUUUAUGCACCCGGCGGGACUAAUGCACCGUAUAUGGGGCACAUAAACCUGGGCGCGGGCGGGUACCGCGUGCCGCGCGCGGGCACCGUGCAGGUGUCGCUGCUGAACCCGCACGGCACGCUCGUCAAGAUGUUCGUGGUGCUGUACGACCUGAGCGCGAUGCCCCCCAGAGCCCGCACGUUCCUGCGCCAGCGCACGCUGUACCUGCCCGCCGGCCUGCCGCCCCCGGCCCGCCCGCUGCACCAGGCGCUGCGCUACCUGAUCCACCUGCGAUUCAUGACGUCAAAGUCCGGGAAGCUUUACCUCCACACGGAUAUAAGAAUAUUGGUGUCUCGAAAAGCAGAUGUGGAUACAGCGACCGCGUAUUCCGCGAUCUACCGGCCGAUAGCCAAUCAGAGUAAAGAAGAUCCAAAAUUGACCAAUCACAGCCAAGAAGAGACAAAACCGACCAGUCAGAGCAAAGAAGAGACAAAACCGACCAAUCACAGCAAAGAUGACUCAAAACCGACCAAUCAUAGUGAAGUAUCAGCUAAUAGGACGCCGAAUCGAGUUUUUGGCGGUUGUGGAGAAUUCGAUUCGAAUAGAGAGAUCGGUUAUGAAAAUCAAAAUGGCGUCGCGUACGAGUUGAGAAGUUUUACGUACGCGCCAGACAAUCCGAAAUAUUCGCCGCGAUAGUUUAGUGCCUGUUUAUGUAUGUUGUAUGUAAUGAAAGAAUAUAUUUUUGGUUUGUAUAUA